AUGCCAAAAUUAGUUCAUAAACCUGACAAAACUAUUCCAUUAGAAGAAGAUGAUUCCCCAGAGAAUGAACAUCUUUUAAGUAUGGGAGAAACAAAUGAACUUCUGAGAAUUGUUUUGAAUAAUUCAAAAAGGCCAAAGAAAUAUCCAUCAAUUUUAAUGAAAACUUUUGAAUACAGUAAGACAUUUAAUCCCUUCACGAGUCACACCCAAUUAACAGAUGCUCGAAGGAUUUUAAGUAAAUAUCAACUUGACGCGUUCGAAAUACCAUUACUUUUAAAUUUCUUGCCAGUCAAAGUUGCUGAAACUAAAGGUUUGAUACCCAGCUUGACAAGGUUAUCAGAUGAUCAAAUUCAAGCAAUUUGUGAAGAUAUUAAGAAUAUCAGAGGAUAUAUCAAGUAA